AUGAGAAGGAAUUUCAGAGGCAUGCAACGUGAAAAGACAGAACUAUCAAGAAUAUACACAAGAAAUACAGCACAAACCAAGAAAGUGCAGACAAAAGAGUAUAUAUCCAGAGUAUUCCAGACUGUAAUAUUUUUCUGUAUUUUUGUGCAAAGAAUAUAUACAGUAGUACUAGAGGAUUUUAAACAAGUUCUGAGUAAGAGUGUUGGAGUAGAUAAUUGUAAAUAUAUGUAUAUCAAUGAGAAGGGUCCCCUUAACCCACUCCGUGGAUAUCUUAUGAAUGAGACUGGGUACAUCAGUAAUAAGAGAAAUUAUUCCCCAGGGAUAGACAUUUAUGGAUUUUCCAACUCCAUAACAAAGAAAGUCAUAGAAGAAGACAAUUUAAUACCAGAAUUAGGCGAUAAUGAACACAUUUAUUCUAACAUGAAAAACAAGAAAUUAUCAAAUUACUUGCAAGAAUACCACUUUGCCUUAAUGAAGAUGUUCCCACGGGAGAAUUCAAAUGGAAACAAGAAGGGUGGGUGCAUUGACUUAAUGAGAAUAUUUUUAGACCAACCCAAUGUUAAAUCCCAUGUACACCAUGUACUUGCAUCUUUAUUGCUGCUGUCAGAGGGUUUUAAUGUGAAUAUUUCCAUUGAGGAUGAUGGUUCAAAGAAGAUGCUUGUUCUAAGGAAGGCAUGCUACUAUGAAGAGCACUUUAGAAUUAAAAUAAACCAAGUAAUAGGUCCGGUUAGAUCUAUUAUGGAUCUGGGUGUAUUUUGGACUCAUUCAGCUGAUAUAAUUCGUGUGAUAGAAUUCUUCAUUAAUUCCGGGAAACCCAAAGAGAACAAGUUUAUUAGGGAGUGUGGCUUUAAAGAGCCAAAUUCCUGGGAAGAAUUUCAAGAAGGAAAAUUCCUAAAUAGUCCAGAGACUCUUAUACAAGCAUAUAUCUUCAAGUACAUUAAGAGUCCAGAAGAAAUAAUUAAAUUCUCCAUAGUAGUCUUCAAUCUUAUGAAGGAGUACAUGUUUACUACUGAGAGUAUUAGAUUAUUCAAGGAAAAAAGAAAAGAAAAAGAAUCAAACCCUUCAGUAGUAAAAAUAUUCAAAAAUAUCUCCAGAAUACAUCAAUUUAAAGAAUUUAAGAAAAAAGUGAAAAACCAAAGAAAAUCAAUAGAAAGGAUAUAUUACAAAUACUUCACAUCCAACUUAGCAGAGAAAGAUGGAGCAAAGACAGUUAAUGGUUUAAUGAAAUUCAAUUCAAUCUUGGAAGAAAGCAAAGUAAGCAGGGUUCCCUUUAGAGACUCUUUAAACAGAUUUUUUGAAGAGAAUAUUGACCCUAUGAAAGUGUACAACAGGGAUAUAAGCAAAACAGACACCAUAAAGACAGAAUAUGCACCAUCUGAUGAGGCUGCAUUACUUUGUCUUUUUUGCUGCAUGGCGUACAACCCAAUAACCAGAAAGUACGAGACCAGUCACAUGGGAGAUGUCUCAAAGAACUUAGAAGAAUUCUUUGCGAACCUAGAGUCCACAAGAACCAUAACUGAUGAAGCAUUUACGAAAUGGCAGCAAGUUAUAAAUGGUCUAGACAAUGAGGAAGUCAUCUACAGGUCAAGCAAGAAGAAUAGUCUUAUGCCAGGAAUAUUGAAUAUGCUUAGUAUGCUGGCUGAAGUAACAGGAAAAUAUUCAGAGAUAAAAGAGAGUAUAAAAUAUAUCAGAGAAAUGAUUCUAAAGCAAGAACCAAAUGAGUCACUUAAGAAGAAGGUGGGUGCUUGUGUGAAUGUUUUGUUCUCGCCAAUUUUCUCAAAGAAGAAUUUCUUUAGUCAAGAAAUUACCAAUCCCAGUGAAGUAAAGGAAAGGGUAACCUACGAGGUAAAAAUACUAGUGGAAAAUAUAUCGAUUGCAAGGCUGAAUAGAAAAGCACCUGAGUUAAUGGGAGAUAUACACAUACAUUUCCUAGAUGAAAACAAGAGAAAAGAGUGCUUUACAUUAAAUUUCAGUGACCUUUCAGUGACUGCCACUCUUACACCACCUAAGAACAGUUUUAUCCCAAUGAAUGCAGAAAGAAGAAUUGCGAAUUCAAUGGAUGAAAUAUCAAGCAGAAGCAAUGCAUUUACGCACUAUUUGAUGGCAAAUUACAUGGCACUAAAGAAGGUUGAAACAUACACUACCAAGAAAUAUACUCUAAAGAAGUUAAAUAAUGCACUAAAACGAGCAAUGAACAAAGAUGAAAUUCAAGUAGAUGGACUAUUCCUAUGUGGAAGGAUAUCAAGCCUAAAGGAAAAAGAGACUUUCAUCAUGAGUAUGCUGCAUUAUACAACAAGUCAGAAGAUAACAAUUGAUAAUCCUGUUGUAAGAGUGAUUUUGAAUAUGCUUAAUACUGAGAAUAUGUCAGAUGGAAGAACUCAUAGGAAGCUAUUUCCGUUAGUUUUAUACACAAAUGUAUACCAAUACAGAACAGACAUUGAGAAUACUCAGAGUUAUUCUGGUGUUCAUCUGGCAUCACAGAUAAAACAAGCACUAAAGGUCUGCAAUUAUAUGCAGAAAAUGAGCACUCCAAAUAAUUUAGCGAAUUGGCUGCUGAUUUACACCAAAAUACAAAGAGAAGACUUUAAAAAUCUCUUCCAAAAAUUAAUUUCAGAGAUGUCAGAUACUGAACGGGAUGAUUUUAUAAAUUUCAUAACGGAAAAUGGCAAGAAUAUCGAUCAUUUAGAUAAGAUUUCAAAUGGUUUUAAACCCAGGAGAGAUGAGAGUGAGGCUUAUAUGGAAGGAAACUAUCUAGAUAGUUUCUGGGUGAAUUGUUUCGAGAUGGCCUGCCAGACCCCAGAUAAAAAAUACAAAAUCAUGAUAGAAUGCAUCUCUAGGCUUGUGGAAAUAACGGAUAAAAUCACAAUUUUCAGAGAGUUUUUGCAACUGGAUUACCUACAGAAUGUACUCGAUGGAAUAAAAUCAUUAAAACUAAGAAUGGGUUAUAUAGAUGGUAUAUCAAAGGCAAGCAAUACCUUCCUAGAUAACUAUGAGUACUUAAUUCAGAAGAGAAUUGACAGAUGGAACUACUUUGGAAACCACAAAUAA